CGGUGCAGACGCUCUGCGCGGGCAACGCGAGGAGGAGCGGCGGGGAAAGCGUGGGCGCCCCCGGCCCAGCCAGCAGGGCGACUCGGCGCGAGCGGCGGGACGCAGCCGGGGAGCUACCCGCCAGGCCCCGCAAGGAGUGCCUGGAUUAGAGAAGACUGGAAGCAUGUCGGAGUUUUGGUUAAUUUCUGCCCCUGGCGAUAAGGAAAAUUUACAAGCUCUGGAGAGGAUGAAUACCGUAACCUCCAAGUCCAACCUGUCUUAUAAUACCAAGUUCGCUAUUCCGGACUUCAAGGUGGGGACCUUGGAUUCCCUGGUUGGCCUCUCUGAUGAGUUGGGGAAACUCGACACCUUUGCUGAAAGCCUCAUAAAGAGGAUGGCGCAGAGCGUGGCAGAAGUCAUGGAAGACUCAAAGGGGAAGGUCCAGGAGAACCUCCUGGCCAACGGAGUCGAUUUGACGUCCUUUGUGACCCACUUUGAAUGGGACAUGGCCAAGUAUCCCGCAAAGCAGCCGCUCGUGGGCGUGGUGGACACACUAAGGAAGCAACUGGCACAGAUUGAGACAGACCUGAAGACCCGAACGGCCGCCUACAACACUCUGAAGACCAACCUGGAGAACCUGCAGAAGAAAUCCAAGGGGAACCUCUUCACCCGGACACUGAGUGACAUUGUGAGCAAAGAAGACUUCGUGCUGGAUUCUGAAUAUCUCGUCACCCUUCUGGUUAUCGUCCCCAAACCACACUACACACAAUGGCAAAAAACCUACGAAUCGCUCUCGGACAUGGUCGUCCCUCGGUCGACCAAGUUGAUUACCGAGGACAGCGAGGGCGGCCUCUUCACAGUGACUCUGUUUCGAAAAGUGAUUGAUGAUUUCAAAACCAAAGCCAAGGAAAACAAGUUCAUGGUCCGUGAAUUUUACUAUGAUGAAAAAGAAAUUAAGAGGGAGAGGGAAGAGCUGACCAGGCUGCUGUCUGAUAAGAAGCAACAGUAUCAAACUUCCUGUGUUGCUCUUAAAAAGGGAUCAUCCACCUUCCCGGACCACAAGGUUAAGGUAACCCCGCUAGGUCACCCCGAUAGGCCCGCCGCGGGGCAGACCGACAGAGAGAGAGAGAGUGAGGGCGAGGGCGAGGUAAGCAUCCCCCUGAAUCCCGGGGGUCCCCAGCUCGCAUCUCCUCGCCGGCUCAGGCGCCUUCUCAGAAAACAAAUCUUGCAUUUUCUGAUAUCUAACUUGGCUUUUGAGGGUUUAAAUUUGAGGAGCCCAGAAUCAUACCUUCCUCCGACUCUGCAGGGCCUCUUUGGAGCUGCCGUGCCCGCAGCCAGGGGUGCUUAUGGCCGGGCGGUCUGCCCUGGCUGGAGGUGGCUGGAGCUGGUGAUGGGCAGGCCGGGCAUGGUGGUGGCAGCUGGGCCCUCUCCCCUCAGCUGCCCUGGCUGGACCCACCCUGACCUUCAUGGGCAUUGGAGGUACCAGGUGGGAGCUCAGAGCUCUUGCUCCAAGACUCUGAGCUACCCCAGAGGACCAGCCACAGCAGCAUUAGUGGCAGCUGCCGUGGCCAUGUGAGGUGGGGCUCUGAGGAGGCCCCUUGAGGCCGCAGCCAGUGGGUGACGCCAGGACCAGAGGCAGAGCCUUUGAGAAGGUGGGCUCCCUGGCUGCGCAGUGUCAGGCAGAUGCCUGUUAGCUGCCUGCUGAAAGCCCUGAGGUCAGGGGCUGCCCAGCGCCCCACACCCCGGUCUGUGGUGGCCCCAGCAUGUGCUGGUGGCUGGCCCCCAGUUCCUCAGCGCCAGGCGCCCAGGACACUGCAGUCCUGAGCCAGCCCCGGGGCUUGUCCGGCCAACUCUCUGCUUCUGCUGGCUCCUGGGCACUUCUCAGCUCGGGGCUUGCUCUGUCAAAACCCGAAGUCCUUUCUUGGCUCGGUGUCUGGUGGCCUGGCCAGGAGGGGUCACCUGGCUCCUCGGUCUUUGCAGGGCCCCCUGCUGCGCUGGCUCAAGGUGAACUUCAGUGAAGCCUUCAUUGCCUGGAUCCACAUAAAGGCCCUGAGAGUGUUCGUGGAGUCUGU